ACCGGUUGGAGCGCGUGCGUGACGACGGGCGCUGGACUACGGGGUGCCACGGGACUCCACAUGCACUCUCUCUCUCACACACUCACACCGACCCCCUGGGGGAAAACGGAUGAUCGUUUCUACCGUAUAAGGAUUAUACUUUUUAUUUUGUACUCUAUAUCACUUGGAACUAUUGUUACCAGAUAGAGAUAUGGAUAACUCGUACUGUUUCCUGGCCAUGUCCAUGCUGGUUCUGUCCCUCGGGUUUAGGAUAGAGGAGGGCAUGUGCCAACAUUACUACCUCCUCCGUCCCAUCCCCAGCGACACUCUCCCCAUAGUGGAGCUCAACGAGAACCCAGACCCUGUCCUGGAUCCGAAAGAACGGGACCUGAACGAGACCGAACUAAGAUCCAACUUGGGUAGUCACUUCGACCCCCACUUUAUGUCCAUCACACCGCCAGAGGACAAGUACUCGGGCAACGAGGACCUGAGCGACUCGGAGAUGCGUCAGAAGCCAUCCGUCGCGAUGCCCAAAGAGAUCAAAGCCAUGGAGUUUGAGAUCCAGCAAGGCAAGAAGCACAAGCCCAGUAAAAAACUCAGAAGAAGGCUGCAACUGUGGCUGUGGUCUUACACCUUCUGUCCAGUUGUUUAUACGUGGAACGACCUCGGGAACAGAUUCUGGCCACGCUACGUGAAGGUGGGGAGCUGCUACAAUAAGCGUUCUUGUUCGGUCCCUGAAGGGAUGGUUUGCAAACCUGCCAAAUCUGCCCAUUUUACGAUCUUAAGAUGGAGGUGCCUGCAGAGAAAGGGAGGUCUGAAAUGCGCUUGGAUACCAGUUCAGUACCCCAUUAUAUCUGAGUGCAAAUGCUCCUGCUCGAACUGAAAUAAACUUAAAUGAAUUUUUUGUGUUAUUAUUAUUUCUAAAAAUAAAAAAUCAUAGUUACAUGAUUGUUUUUUAUAUGCACUGCCAAGUGUAAGAAUGUAUAUUUUAUGUAUAUGUGGCGCCAUUUCAUUUUAUGAUGACACACUUUGUAGAAAGGUCAGUAUUAUUAUUACAAUAUAACCAGCAUCUACUGUAUUUGUUGAACAUAUCUUGAAUGUGAUGUAUCUUUAUAUUUAUAUUGAAGAAGAGCACUUCGCAUUGCGAACCAUUAAAAUACUGUUAUUGAAGGACUUU